CUUUUUCCUUUCUCGAGCCGUAACCCUCUCCCGCAGCCACCAGCUCGCCGUCGCCACCCGUCGCCACCACCGGUUUGCCACCACCGCCAGCUUCCACCGCCAGCUGCCACCGCCUUACGCCACUCUUGCGUCCCUCCCGUAGCGGCCGCCCUUAGCCACACCUCACUGCCCUUCCCUCAUCAUCCACCCGCCGCCCGCCACCCACCACCCAUCCCUAGUCGGCCCACCGCACCGUCCCCAGUAAUCCUACUCUCCUCACCUCUUACCCUCUCUCUUAUUUCUCUCGAUUUCUGUUGGUUUAUUGCUGAAUCCGCUGCUGUGUCGGUUGGCCGGUGGAAGAGCAAGUUCAGCCCAAGAACCUCUCUUGGAAUGUCUACAAGUUUGGAAGGAUAGCUUAACCUGGUCCGAUUGAGAGGCAUGGCCCAAAACUGCAUACUGUGAGGCAACUGAUCUUGCGUUUGCGUGAGGGGCGCAUUGGAGCUGAGACCUUUCGCCGGAGGAACGGCGCUAGGGUUUCUGAUUCCUUCAAUUUCCUACGCCUAUAGAAUAAGAGAGAGCUAGAGCGGUGGAGGGCUGAGCGUCUGAUACGGCGUGCCUCUCCACGAGGCGGCGGUGACAAAAGCGUAGGGGAAUUUGUGGAGACGCCUAGGGCUGUCGCUCCCCUCCGAAUUCUGAGGCAGCGGCGAGGAAAGCGAGGACUGGCUGCAUCGGACAGUUAGGAAUUAUUGCUCCGUUCCUUCUCCUAGACAAUGGCGUUUCAAAGAGUCAAGCAGAGUGCCUCCCUCCCGACCCCUCCGCAACCUGAUAUUUCCCAUGAGAAUAAACGAGCUGCCUCUGACCAAGUGAAUUGGUUGCAGCCAUCGCCACAGAAGACAAAAGUACCUUCUCCAACACAUAGUCCCAGAAAUUCUCCUGUUUAUUACACUGAUUCAAUGCCACGCGGGAGGUCAAAAAUGGUUGAUUACUCUGAUGUGUAUGAUAAUGGAAACGAUGGUUCAACAAGGCAUACUCAUUCUAAAGUGCACAAAAGGAGUAGGUCUCCCAAUCAGCCAUCCACUUCUGAUUUAGGUUCAUCUUCUGCCCGACCUGAUUCUAGGAGAGAAGUUCAAGCAAAGACAAGACAAUUGACCUACUUCAGAGUCGAGCCAAGACAACCAACAGAAAACCUGCUGGUUUCAGAGGACCAGACUACAGAAAAUUUCUCUAUGCCUCAAACAAGGUUUAAACUUGUUGAUGAUUCUUACCUGUAUGAUAAUGGAGAGGAUGCUUCAGCCAAUCAUCCUCAGUCAAGAUCAUACAAAAGGGAUAGGUCUCCCAAUCAACCUUCUGCUUCAGUUUUAAGUUCAUCUUCUCACCAACAUGACUCUGAUAGCCUUCAUCUGCAGAGAAAUUCAAGCAAAGGCAAGACGGUUGGCCCGCUUCGGAGUGGAACUAAGCCAACCUACAGAAAACCGGGUGAAAUCAAAGGAUCAGAGUUCAGAAAGUAAACUCCACCAUACUUCUUUGGACAUGGACACUCAUAAACUUUCUGAGAAAACAGGAUCAUCAAGCAGAGGAGAUAGUUUACUUCAGUCUGAAGGAUUAGAAUCAUCUACAGCGGUGGUGGGACUAUGCCCCGAUAUGUGUCCAGAAUCGGAGAGGGCAGAACGUGAGAGGAAAGGAGAUCUUGAUAGCUACGAAAGACUUGAUGGAGAGAGAAACCAAACUAGCAAGUAUCUUGCUGUAAAGAAGUACACUAGGACAGCAGAGCGUGAUGCCAACCUAAUUAGGCCUAUGCCAGUAUUGCAGAAAACAAUUGAUUAUCUACUAAGUUUGUUGAAUCAGCCGUAUGAUGAGGAUUUUUUGAAUAUUUACAAUUUUUUGUGGGAUCGGAUGCGAGCAAUAAGGAUGGACCUCAGGAUGCAGCAUAUUUUCAAUGACCGGGCAAUAUUCAUGCUUGAGCAAAUGAUUAGACUCCAUAUUAUUGCUAUGCAUGAGCUGUGUGAAUACAGUAAAGGAGAGGGCUUUUCCCAGGGGUUUGAUGCGCAUCUAAACAUUGAGCAGAUGAAUAAGACAUCUGUUGAGUUAUUUCAUAUGUAUGAUGAUCAUAGAAAGAAAGGAAUUAGUGUGUCAACUGAAAAGGAGUUUCGUGGUUAUUAUGCGCUCCUCAAAGUAGAUAAGCAUCCAGGAUACAAAGUGGAUCCUAUGGAACUGACACGUGAUCUUGCUAAGAUGACUCCUGAAAUUAGACGUUCUUCCGAAAUUUUGUUUGCCCGAAAUGUAGCAAGAGCUUGUAAAAUGGGUAAUUAUAUAAACUUCUUUCAUCUUGCACGAAAGGCAACUUACCUACAGGCAUGCUUGAUGCAUGCUCACUUUACUAAGAUAAGAAAAAAGGCACUUGCUUCUCUACACAGUAGUCUUCCAAAUAAUCAAGGAAUCCCUAUCGCAGAUGUUAUAAGAUGGCUGGGCUUGGAGGGAGAGGAUGUAGAAAAUCUUUUAAAACAUCAUGGAUUUGAAUUAAAAGAAUUUGAGGAAACCUAUAUGGUGAAGGGAGGACCUUUUCUUAACAGUGAAGAGGAUUUCCCUACAAAACGUUCACAGUUUGUGCUCCUCAAGAAAUCAGAGAGGGUUGUUCAUGAUAUUUGUUCUAGUCCCAUUAUCUUCCCUGUGGCUGAGAAAAGACAAACUAUAUCUAUGGAGUUGGAGAUGUUUGAACAAAGAGUUGAUGCAUCUGAAGUAGAUACUUCAAAAAUUAGAAGCAAAGACACAAUUCAUGACCAUGGUGAUUUUACUGCUCUUGGGGCCAUUACUGACCCAAGAAAGACCCUUGAUGUGCAAAUUAAUGAUGAAAAAAUGGUUGAAGCAGAAGCAAAUACAUUCUCACACAAUCAUAGUGUAAGUGGUUCAUUUCAAUCUGCAUUUGUUGGUGGGAUACCAUAUGCAGUUGUUCCUAUGCUUUGCAAGGAGGCUGUCCAUCGCCAGGAUACAGUUCCUAUGACUCAGACCGUGGUCUCUCCGGUCAAAAUGUUUGCCAAUGGUUCCCAGGCUUUCCAUCAAGGAGAUCCACUCCUGAAUUAUAAAUGUAUGCCCAUUCCAGAUGUGACUUCUGUCAGGAACAUAGUACCUAUAAGUUCUAUAGUCAACAAGGUCACCUCUACUUCACAAUUUCAUCAAGUUAUAAAUAGAGAACCAGAAACAAAAGAAAAAUUGCUAAUGCCUUACCAGACGAAUCAAGCUGCAAAUGAGAAGCUGAGACUUAUUUUGAGGAAAUGGAAGCAACACGCAAGAAAAAAGAGAGAAAUUCGAGUGAAGCUUAAGUUGAUCUUGAGAAAAUGGAAGCAGCAAGCAACUAAAAGGAGAGAAAGACGUGAGCAAAAAAUUAUGCUAGCAAAUUCAGCAUUUAAUUCCCUAUUUCUGGGUCCACCCAUUCGACAAUUUAAAACCCUUCCAAGCCUUGCCGGCAAUGAGCUUAACAUUGAUUUUGCUGUAAGAGAGAGAUAUAGGAAACAAGAAGAAUCAUGGUCAACUAUUAAUGUUUCAGAAUUGGUUGCACCAAUAUUAAGUUCAAGAAAUCUCAAUGCUAGAUGUCUUUGCUGGAAGCUUAUUGUACUUGUCCAGCCAUUACACAUGAUGGGGCAAUCUAACGGUGCGUCUUCAAGAUGGUUACUCUCAAAAGUUAUGGGUUCUACUAACGAAAAAAGCAAACCAGUGGUUUCUGUGCCGCAUUUAUCAAUAUGGAGGAGUUGGAUUAACAACCAAUUUAGUGCUUGCAACAACUGCUGCUUAACUGUAGUUCGCGAGGCCAAUUGUGAUGAUUAUAAUAUACUUGCUAAAGAUUAUCUUGUUGAUGGGGCUGCUUCAAUCAUUUUCCAUGUAUCAGAGAGUAUUCCAUGGGAAAUGCAAAGAGUGUGGCUUCAUAAUGCUAUAGCAUGCAUACCAUCUGGAUCCAACAUACCCCUUUUGAUAGUAAGCGGUGAUGUGUAUGACCAAGGAAUCUCUGACCCUUCAUUCACAAUAAUGCAGAAGCUUGGCCUUCAUGAUGCUGAUAUGACAAGGGUUUCUUUAUUUUCAGUUAUAUUCAUAUGCUGUAGCCUCCCCAGAGAGAAACAGAUUGGCUUUUUCCAGGAUGAUAAACUGAGAGAGGGUCUCCUGUGGUUAGCUAAGAAUUCACCUGAGCAACCUAGUGUUAAUCUUAUAAAUACACGAGAAGUUGUCCUGCAAUAUUUGUUAUCUUAUGCAGAGAUCGUAGGAAAUGCUAACGCCUCUAACUUUGGUCCAAACCAUUUUAUUUCAGUUUUCAAUGCAGCAUUGGACAAAUUGGUAGAGGAAAUUGCAAGAGCUGCUUCCUUGAAUAGGAAUAAUUGGCCGUGUCCUGAGGUUGAUCUCCUUGAGAAUUUGAGCUACGAACGAUGUUUUGUAAAUACCUUCUUACCAAGCAUUGGCUGGAGUUCACCUGUACGAAUUCAAGGACUCACUAGUGCUAUAAAUGCUUGUAAGUUACCAGAAUUUUUGAAUGAUAUUUCCUGGCUGAAGCAAAGUUCUCAUACUAGCCUAGAGAUCCAUCACCAAAAGUUGGCUCUUGAAGAAUGUCUGGAAAGCUACAUGAGCAAAACAUGUCACAUGUUGAGCCCUGAAGUAGCUGCUAGAGAGGCGGGAAUAAUGGUUCAGACUAGUGCUGAUAUUGAGCUUUGUGGUUCUUGUUACUAUGUCCUUCCGAGAUGGUCUAUAAUAUUCAGGAGGAUCCAGAAUUGGCGAUUAAUGAGUCUGAAAGAUAUGGCUUGCUCGGUGGCAUAUUUGUCGGUGCAGAAUGCAGACAACCUUUUUGCUGUUGAGUAUCCUCAUGACAUCACUGCCAAUCUAUCUUCAAGUUCAAGUGUUUCAGGAGUUCAAUCAAUGCAUCUUUUAACAUCAAAACCUUCUUUUGAUGAGAUUGUCGAGAAUAGCUGUGAUAUUUCACUUCCAGAGCGACCUAUUCCACCUGCCAAGCCUUCAACUUCAUCUUUAACGGCUAAUGAGCCCACAGUUUCUAUUUUGGCUCCUACAGCGCAUCAAGAUGACGAUGCUGAAAAGACUAACUAUGUAGCAAGGGAUCACAAAUAUAGAUUACCACUUGCAAUUCCUCUUCCUAAGUUGGAUGAGCAUUUAGCCAAAUUGUUGCAAAAAUGUUCAGCAGUGCAAGACAAGAUAGAUAAAAAGCUUUCAGUUUAUUUUUGAAUCGUAGAGUGUUGUUUUAUUUAUUCUCCUUACAAUUGACAUUGUCAAAAUCAUAGCUUUAGAUUUUUUAAUAGAUGGAUAGACAAGUUUCAAUAA